CAUUAAUUUCGUGCAUUCCAUGUAUACGUACUGCAUAGAAUCCUGUACGUAGCUCGUAAAAACUGUAACUUCACUCACAUCACAGCCACUUUAUUGUUAUUUUACAUGCACCGGAACCAUCAUGAAAUGAGGAAAAGAAACAGAUUUCGUGGCCAAAUCCAUUUGAUUUGGCCCAAAACUUCACAUGUUAGGGUUCAGCCUACUCAUGUUUGUUGUCUUGAAUUAUCAGAGACAGGUCUGACGUGUAGCAAAGAUGGAAAAUUUCCGCCCAUCGACGGAUUUCUCAGUGAAUGCAAAUUAUCAAAACUUCGUUUCCAACGCCACUUCUCAAACAACAAUGGGCGAUCAUAAUCGGCUUGUGAACGUCAAUGCAAGAUGUAAACUCACUGGAUCUGGAGCACACGUUCCAGCCUCUUUGAAUGGAAGUAAAAUGGAUAAGAUGACAGACAAUGAGGAAUCUGUGACCCAAAGACUAGAAGCUUCUCUGAGCCCAGAUUCAAAGCAAAAGAUAGAGAGCUUAUUGGCUGACAUCAGGAAACUGGAUGACAAGCAGAAGCUAUUGCUGUAUCUUCAGCUUCCUUCAGGCAGCCCUGAACAGGACGUAUCCAGUAAAAGCUCAUCGCCGAUGCUAAGCAGUUGUCGAAUGGACCAGAUGACGGCUGUGAACUGGGUAAGGAGUCACAUAGAAGAGAGUCCUGAUACAUCCCUUCCAAAGCAGGAGGUCUAUGAAGAAUACAGGACUUUCUGUGAAAAUUCUGGCCACCGACCUCUAAGCACUGCAGACUUUGGUAAGAUCAUCAAGGGUGUGUUUCCUGCUGUUCAAGCAAGGCGUCUAGGCACCAGAGGCAACUCAAGGUAUUGCUACAGUGGCAUGAGAAAGAAGCUUGAAUUGACGUCCCCAUCACUCCCACCGCUAGAUGCUCCUAUCGUCAAACUAGGGGUUGAUUGUCUUCAGACAACAUGUCCAGGCUGUCCUAAGUCUUUGCUUCAAGGAGAGGAUGAUCAUCUCCAGAAAGCUGCUUCACAUGUCAUUUGUGAAUGGGCAACAGGGAUUGCCAACAAGACCUUCGCCAACAGCCUGCAGCUGGCCCAGCAUCUCACGAAUAACAAGUUAGUCACCAAGAGCUCCAAGUCCAUCCUCAUUGUCCAGAAGCACAUGGGUGAAGUUCCUAGGCCUGAUCUAACUCCAGAGAUGCGACACCGAGAGACGAACUACCACUUGAAGCAGACGUUGCAGUAUCGACGAGAAAUCCGCAAAAAGCAGGCAGAGGAGAACCAACAUAGGCUGCAUUCAAGUCCAGUCAGCAGCAAACACCUUACUGCUGAGGACAACCUCUCCUUACAAGUAAUGCGCACUGACAAGGCUACACAACUAGAACAGAGAGAUGUGCCGGCUUUUAGUGAAAGUUCAGUUGGAAACUCUAUAACAUUGUCGGAGAGUGGUGAGAGCAGUACUAACCCAGAGAAUCAUUUGUCUUCAAGUAAUGCUUCUGUUGGAGAAGGUACCAAUGUUGCAUCCAAAGAAAGCCCAAGCAAGAGACGUUUUGCUCCAAUACAACCAAAGACGCCGGUUAGAGACACUGGUGCACCAAUGGUACUAAUAAGUCCAUCAGCCAAGAAUGUAAAUGGACAACCGAUGCAACUAGUUGUCAUGAACAGACAGAAAGUCAUUCCAGUGCAGGGUAUAUCAAAACUUACAAGUCCUCAGCAAAUGAAUGUGAUAUUGCAGCCUGGACAGAAUGUAUUUCAGAGUCCAGUCCAGUCUGUAUCAGCAAUGGGUAAUCAAACACCAGUUAAUGUUGUAAACAGUCCAGUAGUAGGCAAUACUGUCCUCAGUAGUCCAGUCAUACCAGCAAAUAGUAUUCAGAGUGCCAUCAAGAGUGGACAAUAUGUUCUUGUAGGAAACACACUUAAACAGUUGCGGAGUGGUCUUCAGACUGUCACUAAUACAAGUGCUGCAAUAAGACAGAAUCAGGGACAGCCUGUUGCUUGCCAGAAGACUGGCCUGUCAUCUCAGGGAAUCACAUAUAACACGGGUACUAGCAAUGUAAGAUCACAAAAUGUGACUCCAGUCUUCUUUGACAGAACUGCCCCAGCCUCAGCUCCAACUUUGACCAGCCCUGUCAAUGUGAUGACACAAGCCUCAAAGCUUGCAUCCCCAGCCAAUAUCUUGGUUCGAAAUGCUUCAUCCGCUCUUGUGCACCUACCACUCUCCCAGUCGAUAGCCACAAGCGAUAGCUCAAUGUUGAAAACGUCUGUAACAUUUGCAACCCAACCAAUGAAAUUACCUUCUUCUGUAGCUGUAAUAGGUUCUGAUGCAUUCCAGGGUAAUCACAUUUUGUCUAAUGCAUCUCAGAGUGGGGUCGAUCCAAAUAAGACAGCUCCCUCUCAGUUUACUGUAAUAAAUUCGACACUCCAUGCUAACAAGCUUGAAAAGGGUACACCAGCUGGUAGAACUAUUAAAACUGGUAAUGUUGUGCAAUCAGAUGUGGGAAGGUGCGUUGGAGGAAGCUCCAAGGCUAGUAUCUUGCAGAACUCUGGGAGCAAGACUGUUGCCAGCUUACUAAAAAAUGCUCAGGCCUUUUCAUCAUUGGCAUCUUCUUCAGUGGCAUUACCAAAGCUGGCUGUACCCAGUACUGCAGUUGUAGACUCCUCAACAAAUUUGGUCUUGGCACAAGUGCAAAAUCUGUCAAGGCAACAGGAUGGAAAUAAGGUGCAGCAUUAUGUGAUCCAAGCGACCGCUGGAGAUGCUGGUAACCCUGCUCUGUCCAAUGAGAGGAAUGCUCUUACAUCAGCGAUGGGUAGUAUUGGCCCAGUAAUUGUGAAUUCUCAGGAGCUUUCAUCCUUGCAACAAAGAAGCAUCCUGACAGACAUUCUUACAGAGCAGGGGAACAUUCAGCAACAGGCAAAUAAAGGUGGUUUGGCCCUCGAAACUAUUUCAGUGGAAGAUGCUAAUGUACUGAACCAGUUGGUGACACAACCCUCUGUGUCCUUGUUGACCGAUGCGGAUCAUAGUAAUAACACCAUGCUGAUGGUUUCAGGCAUGUCUGCUGCCACCAUGCUUCCUCACAAAUCCAAGUCCCCUGACACACAGCUCAUAAGUCAGUUACCACAGAGUAGUCUGGCCAUUCGAACCAGUCAAAACCAGCAAACAGAUGUCAGUGUAUCCCUGCCCCUGAGACAAGUCUCUAAGAUGCAACAGUUGACGCAGAUCCGGGCAUCACAGCCUAAGAUGCUUGAAAGGUUAUUAGCCUCUGAAAAUCUGUCUUAUAUUAGUACUCCCCAGAAUGAGAUACGCAGUGCUCGGUCUGUUCCUACUACACCAAUAGCAGAGUUGCAGUCUCCACCACCUCACAUGAUGAUGCGGGCCCAGAGUGCAGCUAUUCCUGUACAACAAGGAGGAGACAGUGUACCACCUAGCCCUGUUGAUGGGAAGUCAUUUGCAUUCACUCCAAUAAACACAAUUGAGUUUGAGGGUGGAGAGAGUCCUCUGAAACCAAAGCAUAAACCCAAACCAACCCAUCCCACUGUGAGGAGUGCAUUAACACAAGCUCUUGUAGGCAAUGACGUACAAGAGUUUAAUCAGAGUAAGAGUAAGGGAAAGCGUUCUCAGCAAUCUGAGUUUUUGACACCCAAUCGCAAACGCCGUCUCUCCAGUAAUUCAAAGAGGGUAGCUGCUGCAAGCCCAAGUGCUGUUCAGUUCCAGAACCAGGUCCAAGUCCGUCAGAAUGUGACGUCUCCAGGUACGAAUCAGCUUACCAAACAGCAAUCUAGAUUUUAUAUUCAAACAAGCCAACAAGGUGUUAAUCAGGGUUCUGCUGUUGGUACUGGAAACAUUCAAAUCCCUUCUCAAUUCCUUGGAGGAAGCUUACAGAAUCAGCAGGCUACGUUGCAAAGGAGACGCAAUCCCUCUGGUCCUGCCUCUUCUAAUGUAAACAUGCAGAUGUAUGGAGAUGCAGAAAUAGAACUUUUGAACCUUCUGAAUGUUAAUCCUAGCCUACAAGCUAUGCUAGAUAAAAAAGCUUUACAGAACCGCAGUCAGUCUGUUCCUUUACCAGAGCAACCAGCCAAUAGGUUUUCUAGGCUCCAGCUCCCAACUCAGCCAGAAGUUAUAACCAAUCAGAACCCUGUGGUGAGCAAUCAGAUUACUUCAUCUCAGAUGCAGAUUAUACCUGUGCAGUUAGAAGACCAAGUCAGACAGAUUCAUCCUACCAAUGGAUUCACGGCAAAACGCAAUCUUACUCAAGAUCUGCUCAACCUAGAAGUGACGGAAGAGGAUUUUGCUCCUGAAACCCUUUUGAAUACUGAAAUCAACUCUGGAUCUAAUCUUCAACCAAGUCACAGUCUUGGUGAAACCAACUGGUCUGGUGAACAAGUUGAAACCUCAGUGGCAACGGAUACAAAUGUCGGCUCCCAGCUAGCUGACUUCAACAUGAAGUAUGAUGAGAUGACGGAUCAGCAGAAUGGGAACUCAAACCAUCUUGCUCCUAACCAAACUCUUCUCCCCAAUCAGGCAUUCAAUGAUACAUCUAACAGUACAGCCUCAUCCAUUAGUGAUGGAAUGAUGAUAGAAGAAUUUUCAGAUAAAAUGUUCCAAGAUAUUGAAGAUCAGGGCUUUGAACUGCCUCCAACUCCUUGGCAAAUGGGUACAAGUAGUACCUCUCUUUCAACUCUGGAGUGUGGUAUUUAGCAUACACCAGAAUUACUUUGUCUAGAUGACUCAGCCUUUGAUGGGACUGUGGAUAAUUUUGUAUUGUUUAAGGGAUGCCUCAUGCAUUGUCUUUGUUUGUAGAUUUGUUAUUGUUGACUUAUCAACAUCCCUGGUAUUAACGAAAGCAGAAUUUUCAGAACCGUGCCCAUCGUGAAGUCAUCCAUGCUAUUGUUAGCACUGUCUCACAUCAUUAUAUUUUAGUAAGAAUAUAAGUUUACCUGUAAUAAAUCCUUAGAUUUAGGAUUAGUAUUAGUUAUGUUAUUUAUUUUAGAUAAAGAAUCGCCAACUGGAUUUGGUGAAGUGAAGUCACCAUUGAGAUUGAUGGUAAUUCAGGAAAGAAAUCCAUUAUUGCAGUAAACAUCCCUUAUGUACUAAUACAGAAUGAGAUGAGAUCACUUAUGAGUAUUUUUUAUUACACAAUGUUGGUAGCCCUUAAUCUCAUAUAGGGAAAUGCACAAGUGCAAAUGACUUGUGUUUUAAUCAAGGUUUCCUUGAAAUUUUAAAUGGCAGUGUGAAGAAUCUGUUUUUAAUUGCACAAUUUGAUCAAAUUUGUGUGCUUAUGGGAAUGAAGAUAUUGUAGUAUAUACCUAGUGUUCUAGAAACUAGACUUGUGAUAGUUGAGAAUUUACAGAGCUGUAAUAUAAGAAUGAUGGUGAUUUUCUGUUAUUUUGAUAACAAAACCUAGCCUGCAUUGUGUAUAGAAAGAUAUGGAUGAUGCACAUUGUGGUUCCAGGGAAUGUUUGUACAGUAUAUGAUUCACAGAUAUGUAAUAGAUGCACUGGAGUUUUUAAAGAAAGAUAAGCACACCAUGAUAUGUAGUUAGUUCAAGUCAUGCUCUUCCUUCUAGCCGCUUUUCAUGGUUUUGUAGAGCAUAGAUUGGCAUGGUGCUCUGAUGCUCUCGUGCAAACUGUUAUUCCAACUGACAUCCUAUUGAAGCUACCCAAAGUUGUAUGAUAACUGUGUGAGCUUCUUCAUCCAAACCCUCUCACAUCAACAUCAUUUUCCUUCUAUAAUGUCAUGCAGUGGUAAUGUAUUUUUCUCAUUUACAACAUUUUGACAGAAAGAUAUUCUCCUUCAUUUUUUAUGGAUAGCUUAAAUAUGCAUGAGUUAUGAAACAAUCUAAAGAUGUUGAAAGAAGAACUAUACAGGACACAUUAAAGGUACUAUGUCCCAUUUGCAGCCAACUUCAAAUUCUGUAGAACUUUGCAGGAAAUUAUGAAUAUGUCAUGUAUGUCCUAUCUGUGAAAUUUAAACAUUAGCAGUGUCUUAGUAUUCAAAUUAUUCAAGGAAACCCUUUACAUUUUAGACUUCACUGUCUGACACUAUUGAGUGACUGACUGACUUCAUUUUUUCUUUGGUAAUAACAUACAUAAAAUGAGAUGUAAAGGGUUCAUGAGCAUUUGUCUCCAUCGAUAACCCACCUCUUGUAAUAGCCAAAACUAAAGUGAUUGAAUCUUUGUGCAGCACAAAACGUACAUCAUUCUGUCAAAGGGUCUGAAAAUACGACUAUUUACUAAAAGGAUUGCAAUCCCUAAAGUCAAUUCAACAAUUGAUGGUCGUAAUCUUCCCACAAAAAGACAUUUUCAAGCCCUUUUGUUUUGAGGGAUGUUCGAAAUUAGUGUUAUCUUUCAAAUGCCAGUGGAAUUUAACCUUUUCACUCGUUUGGCCUGCAAAUGGGACAUAGUACCUUUAAUGCUCUUGAAUAUCCAAUAACAACAAACUAGCAUUUAUGUAAUAUUCUACACAUAAAAGCACAGAGUGAACCUCUGGUUUUCUGCUUGAUAAUAGAAUAUCCAUGUAGGCCUAAAAUAAUGAUGAGCUAACACUUUUUAUGGGUUCUGUUCAGUCUUUUGUUUCCCCUGGGGAAAGACAAAUUAUAAAACUUGUGAAUGCUAUUUCUAUGAGAAGUAUGUUGAUAAUGGCAGUGUUCGUAUUUUUUUUAUCUCUCUUAGACCUAUAUUAAUCUUGCCUGUGUUGGAUCCCUUGCCAGAGGCUUCAAGUAAAAUAUCCUCCUUUUACCAUAUUUUAAAUUUGAUUCAACACCAUGUGCUCCUGUCAUAGCAACAGAAGAUAAUGGUGCUGUAUAAGAACAUUUUCAUGACUGUUUUGAAAUAGGACCAAUUUAUGUGAGGUUUUUAUUUUAUGAAAAAUGUACAUCAAUAGUUUCUGAGAUGAUGUACAUGUAUUUUAGAAAAUAACUUUAAUCCAAUACAAGAACUACAGAUAAUGAAUAAGUUGGGAAGAUGUUAUGUUUGAUGAAGUAUUGGGUUUCAAUAGAAACUAAUCAAAUCAAUCUGAAAAAUCAUUUUCAUGGUUUUAUUCAGAAAAAUAAGACACUCAUUGUCACUGCAAUCAAUAUUUGAGUGUAUUGUGCAGAUCUUACACACCUAGAAUAAAAUUCAAGAGUGGGAAUUUUAUGUUUCUUCCUUGCAUUCCAAAAUUCUUGUUUAAGGUGGCCAUGUUGAACUGUAUAGGAGUUUAUCUUUGUCAUCUGUGUAGGUUAACUUUGAAGAGAUAUUACAUUUUCUGUUUGGAGGACAAAAUGGCAUUAACUCUCUACACAAUUAGUUAAUGCUCUUCUGGCUCCAAACAGAUAAUUUAAUUAUUGUUUUAACCGUACUAUAUGAGGAUGACAGGUGAUUUAUGGUGUUGAAAACAGUGACAGCUGUAAGUAAAAUAUUACAUUUAUUUCAUGUUCUGAUUUGUGGGGACACCUUUAUCAGGGUAGAACACAGCCCCCAAAUUUUCACUAGAGGGCCUGCAUUUUUAGAGAAAUCAUUUUGUUUUGUGUUCCUUUCAUGAUUUAUUCAUCACUUCAGUAUUCCUCAUAUUAAGGCACAUUCAGUCAUUCAAUAUCUCACUAAUAAAAAUUGUUUCCACUCUUACAGCUCACAGAUAUAUCUCUAGUGUAAGUCUCAAAGUAUCCCCACAAUUGGAUUAUUUCCAAAGAAUACUGGUUUACUUGUAUGUUGAAAAUUCCCAUUUCUUUUUGUUUCAAGAGGAUCCGAGACCAUGUUCUUGUUUAACAGCCAUAAAAGCUCAAAAGAAGGGGGAAACACAGAGUUCUUUGAAUUGUCCCCCUCUUGAGAUGUUAAUAUGUAUCGUAAAUUUUCUGUGAAUUGUAGGUUUAGAUAGAAAUUUCAUUUGUGAGAUAUUUAUAAGAGAGUAAGUCAUUCAUAAAAGGGAAUACAUCUAAAGCCAAUAAAUCGUUGAAUAUUAAACAUUAGCCUUUGCUUUCUCAAAAUACACAUUUUCUAAAGUAAAUGUUUUAGGGGCUGUGUUUUACUGUUAUAAGUGAUUUUUUUAAAGAAGAAAUUAAUUAUAUCGAUUUUGCAGUCUUCAAUACCCUUCAAAAUCAAGUGAAAUGGUUGAUUUGGUAUUGCUAUCCUUCUCUGAUAAUCAAAUCCUUUUAACUCCUUUGAUGAGAUCUUAAAAGUAAUUUAGAUUAAAAACGAGAGGACGUUUAAUGUUAGGAGUGCAUUAUGGAUGUAGUCAGGCUGCAUUUAUUUAUUUGAUGUUACUCUUUCAAGUUAUGAUUUGAAUUAUUAAAGAUUUCAAGAAAUAGUUAUUUCAAGAUCCUGUUUUGUGAUUCCCACUGAUAGUUUAUGUAUUUAGCCUCCUAUACACCCCCUCAACACACACACACACACACACACACGCACACACACACAUUGUCCUUAAAUUGCCUUUUAUCUUAAGUUGUAAUGCUUUGAUGAUACAUGCCAUGUAUAGUAUAAACUCUAGUCUCUAGCUUGAAAGGACUUCUCUCAAUGGUCGCACUCUUUUUAUUGAAAUGAAGUAAAGUGUUUGAUAUGUGUGAGCAAUGAAACAAAGGCCAUUGAUUCCUUCCUAUUAUUUUCUUGCACUGCAGAGGACAAACAUAUUAAAGGAUUAAUGUGUAGUAAUGAAGAGGAAUUUCCUCUAUAGACUACACAUUCUACAACAUUGUGAGGUGGACUUCUACAUUCAUUAUAUAGGGGAUGAUUAAAAGGUGAAUAUUGUGGAUGGCAAGCCUGUAUGAUUGUCUACAAUUGUGUCUGGGAUCAUGAACGUAUUUCACAUUGGAUAUUAUCAUCAAAACAAGAAAGUUUUGUCAACCACAUUAUAUAGUCCAAAAUAAACUACUGGUACUCAAAAAGAAAUUAUAUCAUCUUUAUGUUGGUCAAUGGAAAUAGGUCCUUGAUGCUACAGUGAGACAAGGGAUUUGUAUUUGGUGAAACCUGUAGAAAUCUCUUGUCAAUCUGCCUAUUUUUCUUUGUUUUGUGUGUUGCAUGAUGUACAUUCUGUACAGCAGUUUGAUGUUGGAACAUUUGUGAUGUGUCAUUUUUCUCCUCAUUAUUUCACACCUGGCUUCCCAUAAAUGUCUCUGAUGCAUCGUGUCUUUCGUUCUGAAUGUUACCAUGGUUAUGAUUUCAUGUUGCAUUGGUUCAUUUGUAAAUGACUCACUCCAUGAAAGAUUUGAUGUUCAUCCUAAUUGUUUUACCAAUGCUGAACAUGAGUGCAGCAUAUUGACUAGCAACAGCAUUUGGUACUUAUGAACAUUUAAAUCAGUUUUUUUUUCUUCAAAUUGUAACCGUGAAUAAAUCUUUAGCAAAGAGUUGGAAGACAAUUAGGGUGUCUUUUAAAAAAUGCAAUGAGAUAUUAAUCAACAUCAUCUUAAAAAGCACUCAACUGUUGACCUUUAUACUUUGUAUUUGACGUUGUGGUAUUUGAUGCAUAAUGCAAGGCCUUACACCAAAUUUAUAGUUCUUGUUUAAUGCAGUGUGAAAUUCUAAUCAAGUCUAAUUUUAUCAAACAUUACCUACAAAGUUUGUAGAAUUUAUUCUGUACUUGAUUUUGCAUUUUGCAUUGCCUUUUUUUCUGAGACACUUUUUUCAAAAUAUAAUCAUUGCUCUGUCUGUUCAGAAACAAAUCUGUCUACUAUCUUUAAAUGUUGAAAAUGCACAUUCUUUUGCAUAAUAGAGAUGGACAAAUAUUAUCUACAA